UUACUGAACCACAUACACAUGAACCGUUUAUCAAUGAACGUUUGAAGUUCGUCUCAAACAAAGCCCGAAUGACGGCACAUUUUGAGCAACGUGAAAUAAAAAAGCACCGUUUUGUUGUGGAAUUAGUUUAAGAGGUUUUGUGAGAAGAAAAAAAACACGUAUACAAUAAAUAGAACUACAAUGUGUAAAUUUUCACCGGUUUUGAAGCAAUUUAUUGCGAUUCUGUGCUGCAAUUUGUUAACACUUUCGUUUGGACUCAUCUCUGGCUGGGCCACAAUAAACUACAAUGAGCUCCAAAGUGAAAACAGCACAUUUGCAACGGGACCUUUGAAUUUGGAGGAGGCUUCAUUGGUUAUAUCAAUCUUGAAUGUGGGUGGUUUUCUCGGCAAUUUCGCCAUUGUACCAAUCAGUCAAUUAAUUGGCGUGAAAAGAACACUUCAUUUGCUUGGCCCUCUCUUAAUCGUUAGUACACUUCUUAUCCUGUAUGCAAAAUCCGUGUACUAUUUAUAUGUGUCGAGAUUUGCCGCUGGCUUUGUUAGUGGAGCCAUUAUCGUUGGCAUUCCAACGCUUGUGAAUGAUAUCUCAUACGAUGGGGUCCGUGGUGCACUCAACUCAUUGUAUGACCCAUCGUUUAAUCUAGGAAUCAUUAUUUCAUUUGCACUCGGAAAUUAUUUGAGCUGCUUGGAUCAGGCAAAAGUUCAAUUGAUUAUUCCACUUAUUUUUAUGCUAGCUAUGUUUUUACUGCCAGAAUCACCCGAAUAUUGGUCGAAUCGGAACAACGAAAAGCGUGCAAUGAAAUCGCGUAAAUUCUACAAAGGAAGUAUUGCAGCAUUGGAAAAAGUCGAUUUCAUUCAAGUACCUAAUGAUGAUGAACUCGAAAAUGGGAAAUUAAAUGACGUUACCGACGAGUCCAAAACAAAUUCCAAACUAACGCUUCAAGACUUUUUAACUCCACAAGCGAAAAAGGCAUUCUUCAUUGCAUUCACAGCAUUUACUCUGUCAUUUCUAUCUGGCACAAUGACGAUCGUCAGCUAUGUUACAGAUAUAUUCGUUAAGACUGGCUCAUCAUUUUCUGCGAAGAAUUCGUCGCUUUUCAUUGCCAUCAUACAAAUAAGUGCGAACUUGGUUCUAUUAAAUUUCGUGGAAAGAGUUAAUCGAAGGACACUUUAUAUUUGGUCAUCGAUUCUGGCCACUGUCAGCUUUCUCUUAUUGGCCGCUUAUUGCUGCCUAUGGAUAAAAAAACCGGAAUACGAAUGGAUGCCACCGUUUUGUAUUGCAUGUAUCGUUUUCAUCAGUUGCAUGGGUCUAUUGCCCAUACCAUACAUCAUAACCAUUGAAAUAUUCCCAAAAAAGAUCCGCCAGACAUGUCUUGCAUUAGCUGCUUCGACGAUGUGGCUCAUUUUAUUUGUUCUCGCCUGGAUAUUUCCUAUACUUUUAGAAAAAUUCGGUCUAUUCAGUUGCAUGAUCGCUUUGGCUGUGAUGUGCUCACUAAACGCAGUGUUUGGAAUGUUUUUCAUUCCAGAAACACGCGGAAAAUCGUACGAAGAAAUUAUGGAACUGUUGAGUUAGAAAAAGGUCUACAGUGUCUCAUGAUAUAAAAUGUUAUUACUUGUGUUAAAUCAAAAGCACGCAAUGUCGACGGAUCUUAUCACGGUACAAAUUCAUCAUAAGCUUCGCAGAAAUAAUUUUUACAAGUGAUUUAUCAAGACAAUUGUAGACAGAUAAGAGCGAUCAAUUCAAUCCGAAAAUAAUUUUCAAGUCCAUAAAAUGAACGACAAAAAACAAAAAAUGAAAACAAAACAAAUCAGCAGUAUUUUUGGAUAUGAUAAGGAAUUUUACAAUCAUGAUUCAGCCAAAAUUAACCGAUUUCACAUAGGAAGAAUGACUUUUAUACUAGAGCUACAAUAAUAUAGCUAUUAAAUUGAUCAAAUUUGUCAUCAAUUAUGUGUUGGUUAUUAUGUUAAAUAUAAAUGUACAGAAUAAUAACAAAUCAAGAAUAAGCCAUUAGAAAAUAUGAUUAGUCAUAGUAAUAAAGAAUACAAAUUUAUGAAAAAUAUUGAAA